UCCCCUCAAAAUUGGUAACCCCCUCUUUCCCUGAGCUUUCUCGGGUGCCGCUCUUUUGCAUAGAAGCUCGGUUUCUCCCAAACAGAGAAUGGAUUUACAGGAUCGGUGUCAUGCGGAAAAAGAGAAACUCGAUUGUCCAUAACCUUUGACAAGCGACGACAGAGUGAAGCCCGCAAGUCUAGAUUUCCACUUCCAAGGCAAAUUUAAACGGUGGGUAGGUCCAUUAAUGGUGUAUUAUUGCUGCCUUCAUCAUCAACCCCUUUAAAGAACAUGAACAGUAACAGCUGGUGGUUAGUCAAUUAAGCUUUUAAAUUUAAUGGGUUUCCGGUAUUCCUUUGUUUCAAAUAUGGAUGGAUAGUCAUUCCUCUGUCUCUCCAUUAAAUUCUCGCGUGGCUGUCUAUAUGUGCUUUGAAGUGGUUCUGUUUCAAAAAAUUUCACAAAAGAGCAUUGAAGAGCUAGUUUUGGAGCUCCUAAGGCAUGAGUUCUGCCAGCAAAAGAAGAGAAGAUGAUCACUCAUUCUUUGCAUCGGAGGGACCCCAUUUUUUCAAGAUAAUUCUUGAAGACACAAUCCAAGCAGGAAAGCUUGACAUACCAAGAAAGUUUGCAAAAAGGUAUGGAAGCAGCCUGCCGAGCUUAGUGUUCCUUAGGGUUCCAAGUGGUGCAAUUUGGCCAGUAGAAUUAUCAAAACAAAAUGACAACAUUUUUUUAAAUGAUGGUUGGAGAGAUUUUGUAGCUUAUUAUUCAGUGGACUAUGGUCACUUAAUAGUAUUUGAACAUAAAGGAUGUGACCAAUUUGAUGUACUUAUUUUUGACAAGAGUGCCACAGAGAUCCAUUAUCCUGAGUAUAGUACCGACUGUGAUGACGAUCCUCAAUUUGAUGGAAAAUGCAAAGUUUCUGAAAUAGAAAGAACUUUGGAUGAUGAUUCUGUUGAAAUAUUGCAUGACUUUGCUACAAGCCAGAGAGCAAGAGAGAGGUCACUGUCUAGAUCUCCUCGUCCUCAGAAGAAGAUGAGGAAUGAUUCAACUAGCCAAACAAAUGGCACUUCGAUGCCAACAGUUCCACGUUCUAGGCAAAAUCGCAAACAAUCUAGUUUGUCAAAUCCUGGGACUUCUCAUCUUUCUGGCAAAGAAUUUGGAGACUCUCGUGGAAUAAAAGGUGGUGGAAGCAUGUCUUCUGGUUGGAGAAGAUCAAAAGCUAGGGUCUUUGAGAGACCACAGCCAUUGACAUUGAGCGAAACGUCUAAAGCUUUACAGACAGCAAGUGCUUUUCGAUCUGAAAAUCCUUAUAUCACAAUUUUCAUGCAUCCAGCAUACGUUAGAAAAUUUAGAUUGAAUGUACCAGUGAAUUUUGCCAGAAAACAUCUUACCGAAAAGCGUGCCAAUGUGACCCUCUGUGUUUCGGAUGGAAGAACUUGGUCAGUUAAAUACCAUUGGGAUCCGCACCUACCAAAACCAAAGGCAUCAAUCGUGAAGGGCUGGAAAGCAUUUGUGCUUGACAAUAAUUUAGAAGUUGGUGAUGCUUGUGUCUUUGAGUUGAUUGAGACUUGUUUUAUCAAAUUCAAAGUUACUAUUUUCAGAGUAGUUGAAGAUCCAAAUCUUCACCGGUUGUUAGGAAAUGCAGAACCCUUGACUGGUAAGGUACCUUUGACUGGCAAGGUAAAAGAUCAAGCACUUCAGAGAGUUGGUGGGUUCAAAUCGGAUUGUCCUUUUUUCACGAUCAUCAUGACCAAAACAUGCAUUUACCCUGGUCGCAAAGUGGGUAUACCAUUUGGUUUUGUUAAGAGACAUCUCAGUGAGAAGCAAUGCCGUAUCAUUCUACGCGGUCGGGAUGGAAGAACUUGGCCUGUUACGCUCUGCCUAUGCCAUGGACAUGCCUAUUUACUGAGUGGAUGGAAGGAAUUUAGGCAGGAACAUAACCUGCAAGUUGGUGAUAUCUGUAUCUUUGAGCUGAUUAGCGGUAGUGAAUUUUCAUUCAAUGUUUUCAUAUGCGCCGGAUUAUAAAGAUCGGUCAGUUAAGUUGCCUUACUAAUAUUCAGUUUGAUGACUCUAUGAUCAUGUUGUAAUGGUGUCUAAAUGUGAUUGCAAUUGUGAGAGUGGCAUGGUCAGUUGCUGAUAUUGUUUCUUGGACAAGAAAUUUCUUGAUCUAUGGUCUUUUUGUA